AUGUCUUCGCUGGACCGGCUGGGCCUUGCCGUGGUUGCUUUGACCGGAGUUUCGUCGCCGGCGCUGGGCGAGGAGCCCGUGCUGUACGGCGGUUUCAUUACCGCAAGGAAGGCGACUGACCGCCAAGUUCGAUUCUGGAAGAAGCUCACGGCCGAAGGCAUCCCUCUGGUCGCAACGCGGGUGCGGGACUCCGCGUACCAGCGCAUACGUGGCCAUGCCGUGGUUGUCAAGCAGUGCGAGUCGGUGGAAGCUGAUCUGUGCUUGAUCAUCGAGGACUUUGUGGAUUGGCGCAGCGGUUCUCUGGCACGCAGCAUCCAGGAGGUCGUCAACACCGUGCCAGACUUUGAUGUCGCCAUCCUUGGACGUAACGACCAAGAGUUCCGAUGUGCCGACCUCGAGCCGGCUUUGGGGAGCUUCGCUCGAGUGAGAUGCUCUCCCAUUGCGAACUAUGCCUACGUCGUUCAUCGCAGGUACUUCCAGGCCAUGUUUGAAGCUCUCAACUCGCCGGGCGAGAUCUGCGGCUACCACACAGACAUCUACUUCGGCACUGAGCAGAUGUAUGCUGUGGAUCCCAGCAGCCGCUGGUACGUGAAGUCGCCGCUGCCGGUGCGUGUGCGCUGGCAGCGUGCUCCCUCCCCGGGAGACUUCGCCAGUCGCUGCGCCCUGGGGGCACUCUCGUCGCGGCCGGUGGUUUUGCUGCAUCCGAUGAGGGCCGGCGGAACCAGCCUUUGUGACCUCGCUGCGCAGUGGAUCGACGUUGGCCGCAGAGGUGGAGUGGACAACUGCCGGAUCGACUCUUUGCAGGCUUUUCGCGAUGCCGCGGGCGCAUGGCCCUUUGUACCGGACCACGAGCUGAAUUCGGGGCAGGCCAGACGUUUGUUCGCUCGCGGCCUGGGUUUCAUUUCGGUGGAGCCCAGCUUCAGCGAUUGGGACGAUGGCUCUGGGCAUGAGGAUGGGACCGACACGAAUCGUUCGGCCAGGAUGGCCAGGUGGCUUGGCUCCAUGACAGGCCUUCGCAGCGGCUUCUGGAGUUCCUACCUCCACGUUCUGAUGGUGCAUCCUGGCAGAACGCGGCCAGAGAAGCGGAAUGUUUUGGACAACUCGUCCGUGCAGCGGGUAAGGGUAAUUUGUGGUGUGCGAUUGUGUCUCUUCAUGCGCAGCCUUGUUUUUGCCCCUGUACCCUCUCUGUUUCGGGCCCUACAACUCCGAGACCUGUCGGUGUUUGGUGAGCCUUACUCCUGCAGGCGCAACCCGCUUGAUCGGUAUCUUUCUUGGCUUCAGUUCUGCAUCCCAGUGUGCAGCCUGAUGGAGAAGGUGGACAUGGACCAGGCGGAGUCGUAUCGAGACUUCGUCGCCCGCUGUUUCAAGGAGAAAGUGUCAGAGUUCGUGGAGCUGGUUCUGGAACCUGGCUUGACAAGAUCUUCGUUCAGUAUUCGCUCUCCUUUCCUCUUCCAAGACGAUCGGCGUCAGUUUGUUCCUGGCUGCCGCCGUGCCACGUUAGGUUACCAUGUUGCACAGGCCAGCAACUGUCUCGGCAGACACCUGGUGUGA